AUGGUUUGGGAAAUGGGUUUGAUAAUUGAAUGCAACGAAGAAUGCUUCAAAGUGUUGUGCUCCAAUCACAAAACGCGAUUAUUUCGCAACAAUAUCGACACGGGAUGUUGUAAAAUCGGAGUUGGAGAAUGGAUAGAUUGGGAUGAGGAAAAUGGCGAUAUGAUAAAUCGAAAACCCAAAUUCCCGGCAAAAAUUGUUGAUGGUGAAUUGCAUGUAAGUGUAGUUUGAUUUGAAAACCACGUUUAUAUUCAAAAAAUUGAUUUUCAGGUUGAAACAUUGGCAUGUUGCUCAAAUCCUAUGCAAAUUUCUUCCAAAGAAAACCGCGCCAAAUGGGAAAAUCUUUUGUGGAGUCCACAUAUUGGCGUGAUUCGAGAUGAUGGGGAACUAUUUCUACCAUUAAAUGCGGAUGAAUUAUAUGCGGUGAAGGUGAAAUAUUGUGGUGGAGAAAAAAGUUUGUGGAAAUUAGUGAGUGUUGGAAUGAGAUGUGAAGAUUUGAAAGUGCAAUUAGCUGUGGCACAAGCGGUAAUUAUAAUUUUCAAGAUUUUUUUGUUGAUAAAGUGUAUUUUUUUAAAUUAUUUUCAGCCCUGGACACUUGAGCAAAUUGAAACUGAAAUUGAAGGAACAUCGAAAAAGGACCAUUUAGAUCAUGUGGGUUGAAAAAAAAUCAUAUACCGUAGGGAUCUCGUCGCGGCGAGAUCCUGUGUGUGUUUCAGUUGUUGCGCCUUUCAAAAACUACGGGUUUUUUUUUUUGUUUUUUUCCGGAUUUUCGAGGUUUUUUCAUGAAAAAUCAAAGAAUGGAGAUGGUUAACUCUGUUUGAAGCAAUAAACACUAUAAAAACGAUUUUCCCUAUUUUUCGGUUGAAAAUUACGAAACUCGAGCAAAAUUGUCUCUAAAUUAAUUCUAAUUCACAAAAAAGGCGUUUUUGGUGGCUAUUCCUGAGGAAUUCAACUCGAAAAAUGUGAAUUAGAGAAGAAUUUGCUCGAUUUUCGUAAUUUUCAACCGAAAAAUCGGUUUUUUCUCAAUAAAACACUAGAAAAUCGUUUUUUGUAGUUUUUCUUGCUUUAAACAGAGUUAGGCUAUCUCCAUUCUUCGAUUUUUCAUGCAAAAACCUCGAAAAUCCGGAAAAAAAAAAACAAAAAAAAUACCGUAGUUUUUGAAAGGCGCAACAACUGAAACACACAGGGUCUCGUCGCGACGAAGGACUACGGUACAAAUAUUUUUUUUUUUCAAAAAAAAUUUUUUUUUCCAUUUUUUUUUUACGUUUUUCAUUUUCAGAUCAUUGGUCGAAAAAAAAUCGAUGAUAAGAACACAUAUGCCGGAUUCGUUUAUCAACGCGACGAAAAAGGUUUUUUCUGGAUCUGGGGUCAUUCAACAGGAAAAGCCAGUGUUUGGAUAAACGAAAAACCCGAGCUUGGAAAUUGGUAUUCAUUUUGCCUCAAAUCCAUCUCCUUUGAUUCGUUGCAACGAGCCAAUAAGCGAUUCAGAAUUUUUGCAAUGAAUUUGGUGAAUAUUCAUGAUCGAUUGCAGGCUUGUCGUUUAAGUCCAACCGAAUUUGGGACAAGAAUUCGUGUGAAAAUGCAUCCAACAAUUAUACAAGACAAAUAUUGUUGGGAUUAUGUUCUGGGAAAAGUUGAGAUUCCCAAUCGUUUGAUAUCAACAAUCGAAAAACUCACAAAAACCCUAAGAUCUGAUGGUAGAUUCUAUGAAUUUGAAGUUGUUGGAAUCGCAAAUAUUCUCCCGACAGCUCUUGAAAACGCUGAAAUGUGCUGGAGUUUUCAAAACAUUGAACAGAUUUUGGAGUAG